AUGACGCUUACACCAUCCUCUCCUGAGACUGUGGUAAAGAAGGCCGACUGGGCCAGCCGGCUGGCGUCGCCUACCGGAAUUGCCACGUCUUUGGGUCUUUUGCUGUGCGUGACUACGACGCAAUACUUCUUCGACCCACCGCAGCUCAACACCGAAGCGGCACAGGCGCGGUUCAUUGCGAUCCAGGGCGAUCAGCAGGAGGAGAAGAAAUUUCUGAAUUACUGGGGCACGCCCGACGCGGAAUUCGACUGGUGCGAGGCGAAUUACGUCUCCACGCUUUCAGUACCGAGACUGUGGUCCUCCUCCGACGAAACCACCUCUGAUAGCGCAUGGAUCGAGGUUCCGGUGGCUGAAUCGUGGAACACGGUCACGUCGGUUCUGUACCUCUUCCCAGUGGUUGUGCCGUUUUGGAAUUAUUUCCGCCUUCUGCAGAUGAAGUCCGCAAGCGGGGACGCGAAUUCAUCCAGCAGCUAUUCUUACUCGCCGGCAGCGGUGCGCGCAUUGGUGUUUCUGUUUUGCAUCAUGAUUGGCACCACGCUGUUCCACAUGACCUUGCGGUACUGGGCGCAAUUGGUCGACGAGCUGCCGAUUUACUACAUCAUGCUCAACGGCAAUUUCGCAGUGUGGAACUGCAGACGAAAACUUUCACGAAGCGGGAACAAGGCAAAACUGCCUUCAAAAAAUCCAGAUCGUGUGAGUUGGGCCCUGGCACGGUUCACGGUUUGCUGGGGCUUGGGCCUGAGCAUGGGCAUACUGACCACCUUGAGCCCGGAGCGGAAACAACUGCAUCAGGUGCUGCGGGGCCUCAUGUCGACCAGCUUCAGCAUUCUGUUCGUUCACGAGUUCUACGCCUUCGCCCGUGUUUUCCAGGCGCUUGACCAAGCGACGGGGGAAAAAAUGGCAGCGAGGAAAUUUCGAAAAUCCUUUGUGGACGCAAGGAGCAUGUUUCACCUGGCGUUUUUGGAACUCCUUCUCGCGAUUCUCUGCUGGGUCGUGGACAACGGCUUCUGCUCGGCGCUGCGCACGCGGCUGCCUUUUUACCCGCAGACGCACGCGUGGUGGCACUUCUGGACGGUGGUAGGCUUGUAUCACAUGUUUCUCGUCACGGAAAUCGUCGAGCAGCUGGCGGUCGCGGUGCCGGAGGUGGAGGCGCGAGUGGGAGGAGAGCGAGAUGAAGUGUGCACGCAAGCAGAUUCGUCUGAGGGGGAAAAGAAGGGCGCUGGUCGCACCGGACCUUUUCCGGAAUUGCCGCACGUGGGGACCGUGUGUGGCGGCUGGGUACAUAUUCUGGUUUUCGACGAGCCGUGUGAAGAUUCCGAGAAUUCACCAGCGGAAAAAAAGCAAAAUUGAACUACAAAAAUUGCUAGUUCAGUUAGUCAUUGUUCUGGCCUUGAUGGAGGUAGCUACUUAUCGCAAAAACUACUACGAGCG